AUGGGUCGUCCAGAGCCUUGUGUGUUGUUCGCUCAGAACUUCGUUCACCCCCAACUCGACGAGUAUGUGGACGAGGUGAUAUUUGCUGAACCUGUUGUCAUCACUGCUUGUGAGUUCCUUGAACAGAAUGCUUCAUCAGCCUCUCCGGCAGUGACAGUCAUGGGGGCUACUUCACCUCCUUCGUUUGCUUUGGAGGUUUUUGUCCAAUCUGAAGGGGAAACAAGGUUUAGGCGGCUAUGCCAGCCUUUCUUGUAUUCUCAUUCUUCAUCGAAUGUGCUUGAAGUUGAAGCUGUAGUAACUACUCAUAUGGUUGUAAGGGGUAGCUACCGUAGCCUCAGCUUGGUCAUUUAUGGAAACACAGCUGAAGAUCUGGGGCAGUUCAACAUAGAAGUUGAUCUGGAUACCUCUUUGACUAAUAGUGUUACCGCUAUUGAGGGAGACCUUGAAGACCUUCCACCUGCACUACAUCCAACUAAUCUUACGAUUGAAGAAUCCAUAUUUCCGCUGAAUGCAGUAUCUCUAAAAGUAGUUGCACCAGAUAUUCCUGUUGAGGUUAAGCAAUUCUUACAGCUAACAUUGAAGAUUUUGGAGCUGCCAAACCUUGGGAACACAGUCAAUACAGUUGCUAGUUCUGUUGUGUCAGCAGCCACUGCUUAUGCCACACAUAGCUUGCAAUGUGCAGCUAUCGGUCAGAAACAAUUUGAGGAAGGUAGAUCGAACAACUGUGGAGAGUCUCAUUGUGCUCUUACCGAGGCCAGAAAGGAGCUUCUUGUUGUCUAUAAGAGCCUUCAGCAGGAAACAGGAAAUCCUUCUGCUGAAUUCUUGGUAGAGAGCCUGUAUCUUGAAUCUGAGACAGAUUUGGCUACUUCCAAACAGUUGAUAGAUAUUUUAAGCCAACACUUCCAUUUUAGUAGUAAUUCUGUAAUUGUCGGGCAUUCUCAGCUCUCUCAGAGUAAGAAUGUCAUUCUGUGGUUGAGUGUAGUUCUUUUACUGUGCAAUGGUAGAGAGAGCUGCUUUCACUUUGUCAACAGUGGUGGCAUGGAGCAGCUUGGAUAUGUUUUUUGUCAUGGAACACAGAAUUCUACUGCUGUUACAUUAAUUUUACUUGGAGUUGUUGAGCAGGCAACUCGCCAUUCGAUAGGCUGUGAAGGAUUCCUAGGUUGGUGGCCUCGUGAAGAUGAAAAUGUACCUUCUGGUGUCAGUGAAGGUUAUAAUCAAUUGUUGAAAUUGUUGUUACAAAAGCAGCGUCAUGAUGUUGCUUCACUUGCAACUUAUAUACUUCAUCGCAUGCGUUUUUAUGAAGUUGCUUCCAGAUAUGAGUGUGCGGUAUUAUCUUUAUUGGGAGGUGUGUCUGCUGUUGAACCGGUUACCAAUGCCACUUUGGACAUGCUUAACAGUGCUAAAGUUCAACUGAAAAAGCUUUUGAAAUUAAUAAAUUUGCGUAGUCCAAUUGAAGAUCCUUCCCCAGCAGCCUGUGCAAGCAGAUCAUUGAUUCUUGGUGAAUCCGAAGGUCUAUUGUCAUGUAAAGCAACAAGUAGCUUGAUUACUUCGUCCAAUUGGGAUGUUGAUCCAUACUUGCUACUACUACUCAAGGAAAGGGGUUUCCUUCCUUUGUCAGCUGCAUUGUUGUCAUCCUCUAUCUUACGAUCUGAUGUGGGACAUGCUAUGGACUUGUUUAUUGAUAUUGCAUCAUAUAUUGAGGCCAUAAUUCUUUCACUUCUCUAUUGUCGAUCAGGCUUGAUUUUCCUUCUACUCGAUCCUGAACUCUCCAUGACAGUAAUUCUUGCUCUAAGGGGUGCUGAAGAUCUGAAAAAGGAAGAGUCCAUUCCUUUUCAUUAUGCAUCUGUCUUGAUAUCGAAGGGUUUUUUUUGUCGCCCUUCUGAUGUUGGAAUAAUUGUUGAGACACAUUUGAGAGUGGUUAAUGCUAUAGAUCGUUUGAUUACGUCAACUCCACAGAGUGAAGAAAUUCUAUGGGUGUUGUGGGAGCUUUGUGGUCUUUCCAGGUGA